AUGGCGCCCCGCAAGACCAUCUAUCUGCCCUCCAAGGACUAUGAGCUGCCGGACAUCGAUAUACUAACAUUGAUAUACGAGUCACCCGAGUCAUGGAGCACCGAGUCCACGAUUCUCCACGCCGAAGCCGCUGUGCCCUCCAACUGCGUCACCAAGGCCCAAGCGAGAGCUUACACCAAGCGCCUCGCCCACGUCUUCCGCCACGACUUUGGCAUCGGCGCAAGUGGUCCCGGGAAAGAUGUCGUGGUUUGCAUCUCCUCGGGCCAAAUUCUGCUCUCAAACGUCUUUUACGGGGUCAUCGCCGCGGGGGGAGUGUUCAGCGCGGCAAGUUCCGCGUUUACGUCGCUCGAGUUGGCGCGGCAGGUCAAGCAGGGGAAGAGUAAUCUGAUUAUUGCCAGCCCGGACUGUGUCGAGGUCGCCAUACGAGCGGCGAAGGAGUGCAAUGUACCGCUGGACAGGGUACUGGUGCUGGAGUCGAUGGGUGGGAAGAGAGUGUUACAAGACGUGGAGCGGAAGGGCAGAAAUUUCAUCCAGGAAGGAUGGAGGAAAGAGGAUGAGCUGGAAUGGGAAAGGAUCACGGACAAGAAAGUGUUGGAGGAGAGGGUGGUCUGUCUGCUGUACAGCAGCGGGACGACGGGUGUUCCGAAAGGCGUCAACAUCUCCCACACCAACCUCGUCUCCGAAGGUCUCAUCCCCCAGUACAUGAUCCGGGAAUACUUCGCCCGCCAGCGCCGGCUCAACCCUUCGUUCAACUUCGAAUAUCGAACCCUGGCCCACCUGCCCGCCGCGCACAUCGCCGGCUGCCAGGGCUACUACGUCAACCCGUCGGUCGCCGGCGGUCCCGUCUACUGGAUGCCGAAGUUCGAUUUCCCCAAAUUUCUCGAAUACAACAAAAAGUUCCGCAUCACGCAUUUCUUCACCGUGCCGCCCAUCUACCUGCUCAUCGCCAAGAGUCCGCAGGUGACGGACCAGUUUGCGACGCUGGUGCACGCGGUUGGCGGCGCCGCGCCCAUGGGCGCAGAGCUGCAGGCCAUGGCGGAGAAGAAGCUGGGCUGCUCGAUCAGCCAGACCUGGGGCCUGAGCGAGACGACGGGCUCCGUGACGGGCAUGCCGUGGGACCAGGACGACAAGACGGGCUCGGUCAGCCCGCUUCUGGCGAAUGUGAGGAUGAGGAUCGUGGAUGACGACGAAAAUGACGUGGAAGAGGGGUUGGAGGGCGAGUUCAUUAUGCAAGGACCCAUGGUUACCAAGGGGUAUUGGGACAACGAGGCGGCGACGAGAGACAGUUUCACAAAGGAUGGCGUGUGGUUCAAGACCGGAGACAUUGGCCUGUGUAGAAACGGCAUGUUCUACGUGGUGGAUCGGAAGAAGGAACUUAUCAAAUACAAGGGCCUCCAAAUCGCCCCCGCCGAGCUCGAGGCCCUCCUUCUCUCGCAUCCUCUGAUCCAAGACGCCGCCGUCAUCGGCAUCCCCGAACCCAAAGGAUUCGGCAACGAAAUCCCGCGCGCCUACGUGGUCGCCGAUCGGUCCAAGAUCUCGGAACAGGAGAUCAAGGAUUUCGUCAAGCGGAACCUGGCCCAGCACAAGCAGCUUCGCGGCGGCGUGGUUUAUCUCGAGGCGAUCCCCAAGAGCCCCAGCGGCAAGAUCCUCAGGAGGGAACUGAGGGAGGUAGCCAAGCGAGAGGCGAGGGUGGGCGAGCAGGCGAAGAUCUGA